AUGGCGCAUCUGGGCGUAAAGCAUCGUAAGCUGGCGCUGUUGGACGCUCAUGGUCGUCCAGUAUCUCCAUCAUUUGUGCAGAAAGGAGACAAGAGUGUACAGGUAAUACGUGGUGGUCUUCGAGCUGUAUUACAGCCGUUGGGGCUCGUGUUACUACAGAAUGCCAACGUCAAGCGUCACGACGCCUUUGUUCUCGUGCUGGAUAACGACCGCACAAGUGUUGCCUGCAUAUUGGCAGCCAUGAACUUGCAGUGUGUCUGUAUAUUGCUAAGCACAGGUCGCAUAGCAUUGUUAGAUCACGUGAAGAAGCAGACAGGUAUUACGAAAGUGCUUAUUGUGGACGAUGCAACCUCUUCUGUGAGCGUCCAAGAUGUCACUAGUCCUCAAACAGCAGGAGACUCGACAAAUGAAUGGACGACAAUUCCGUGGCUAAGAGAGAAAGUUAUCGAUAAGAACGGAUGCGUCUGCUUACUUACGUCAGGCAGCGUAGGUGAACCCAAAGUUGUGCCUUGUACGUGGGACCACAUGCUGCUGCAAGGAGAGUCGACAUAUCAUCAGCUUUUCCCAAAGGGUCCGACGCGUAUUGUCUGUGGAACGUCUAUUUCACACGCGUUCUCUAUUAACACGUUAUUCGCGCUGUUUACGUCUCCGUACGACGCGCAAUCGGAGCUUUGCUUUGCCUCUAGCGUUGUCGGACUCUACUCGCUACUCGCUCAGCGCAGUCAUCUCUUUACGGUGCUCUACGCGACGCCUGGGACGUACACAGCAUUAGCCGUAAUGCCACCAACUUUACUGCAUGCCGACGUCCCUUACUGCGCAGAGAUGGGAAAUACGGCGGCAUGGUGUCUACAUGGGAAGAACUAUGAUGUAGAACUAAAGGAGAUGGAAAGCAACGAGAAGCAGCUCUAUGUCGGUUGUGUGUGGCCUGGUGUGGAGACUUGUACCACCGACAGUGGUGAGGUCGUGAUGAAGACUCCGUGGCAGGCAGAAGGGUAUGUAAACUCGCGCGUGUUGCUCCACUUUAACGGGCCGCACCACACGUCUGAUUUGGGUACCAUCACACAAGACAAAGAUGGAGUUGACUGCAUAUGGCUCCAGAGGCGUAUCCGUCCAGAUAUUGAAAUUAAAUCGCGAGGUCGGCACAUGACGUUCUCACCUGACAAUAUUGAGACUGUGAUUAGCGCACACCCCAGCGUAUCAGACGUUCUCGUGCUUACACAGAAUAAGGCCGACCACGAGAAAAGCGUCAUCCGAGCUCGCGUUGUAUUGAAUGACGGCGCCAGUAUUGGUAUAUCGGAAAUAAAGCAAUGGUGUGUAUCGCACAACUUGCCUGGAUUGCGAGACACGCUGGAUGUAGAAAUAGCAAAAUAUUUGCCUUGCAGUCCAGCUGGAAAGCUAAUGUAUGCUUGA